UGGCUCCGGAUAAACUCCACACCGGUAGAUGGCGCUAAGUGGGUAAACUCCGCUAAUACGAGAAGAAGCACAAACAGCUCGCAACUCAUAAGGCCCCCCGGGUGUGGACACGGCACCAGGCCAAAUGGCCGCUUCAUCUUCCUCCUCCUCAGCAGGUGGUGUGAGUGGCAGCUCUGUUACUGGAUCUGGCUUCAGUGCAUCAGAGCUCAUUCCUCCCAGAAAAGUUCUCUACACAUAUCCCAAAGGAGCGGGAGAGAUGAUGGAAGAUGGCUCAGACAGAUUUUUGUGCGAAUCAGUGUUCAGUUACCAAGUGGCAUCAACUCUUAAGCAGGUGAAGCAUGAUCAGCAGGUAUCUCGAAUGGAGAAGCUUGCCAGCCUGGUGGAGGAGCUAGAGGCAGACGAGUGGAAAUAUAAACCUAUUGAACAGUUACUGGGCUUUACAACUUCAUAAAUUACCUGUUUGUUUUUUCUUCAUCAUGUUGUCCUGUAUUUAUACAGAUCCCCCCCCCCCCCCCCCCCUUUUUAAUUCAGUGUGAGUAUGGUAGCUGUGCUUUGCUACAUUUGGGCUACAUUCUUAAAUCACACAGAGGGCUGUGUCAGUAUUCUGACCAUGUUACAUGAUUUUUUUUUUUUUAAAUAUACAAGAAUGUCACUUUACAGAUUUCAACAGCUUUACAGUUACCAUCUCUUGAAUUUUGCCUCCCAUAUUUUUUAAUAUUAAUGAUGUCUAUAAAAAUAAAUUUGUCUUAACUUAAA